AUGGCGGUGGCCGCGGUAGCCAUCGUACCUGUUGCCCUUUGGGCAGUUCCGUCCGUUCUGGCCCAUGGCGGCAUCGACAGUGGCCAGGAGCCGUGGACGGCGUGGAACACCAACCCACUGCCGACGAUCCUGUGCCUGCUUGCGGCCUACGUUUACCUCAGCGGGCUGAGCAACUGGGAACGGCCCACCCAUCCGGUGAACAACUGGCAGAAGGCCUCAUUCCUCUUCGGCUUGUUCCUGGUCUUCUUUGCCCUGCAGUCGCCUUUGGAUCCCCUUUCCGACCACCUGCUGUCCUUCCACCAGGCGCAGCAUUUCAUCCUUCGCAUGGUUGCGCCCAUGUUCAUCCUGCUGGGGGCGCCGCUGACUCCGAUGCUCAGGGGCAUGCCAACGUGGGCGCGGCAGGGGGUCAUACGGCCGAUGGCCAGGAACCAUUACGUGCGCCAGGUCUACCGGCUGCUUACCAACCCGAUCUUCACUAUCUUCUUCUUCCUGGGCAGCCUAUACCUGUGGCAGUUCCCGGGAGCCUUCAACCUCGCCCUGCGCAGCGAUGAGGUGCAUGCCCUGAUGCACCUGACCAUGAGCCUGUCCGGUUUCCUGUUCUGGUGGGUGAUAAUCGACCCGCCACCACACAGGUCCCGCCUGCACUAUGGCCUGAGGGUGCUGUACCUGGGGCUGAUCGUGCUGCCGAAUACGCUUCUGGGGGCGGCCAUCACCUUCUCUGAUGGCCUGUUAUACAGCGAGUACGCCGAGGUGACUCAGCCCUAUGGCCUGUCUCUGAUGACCGAUCAGCAAUUGGGCGGGCUGAUGUUGUGGGUGCCCGGCGACAUGAUGAGCAUUGUGGCUGCCGGCAUCGUGAUGAUCAUGUGGUACCAGAAGGAAGAGGGGGACCACAUGACCGAAGCACGGGCGCACCAGUAA